GCCCACUCGACAGACCAACGGCGGCAGCGGUGUGAUGGGAUGGCGCUUCGGGUGGCGGAGCUCCGGCGACUCCUCCUCCUCCGCGGCGAGGCGGCCCUCCCGCUCCCCCUCGCGUGGCGCGGUCGGCCGGUGAGCACCUCCGCCCGUGACGAUGAGCUCGCCGGGAAGAGCGCCUACGAGGUGCUUGGGGUGGGGGAGACCAGCUCCUUCGCCGAGAUCAAGGCCUCCUUCCAUCGCCUCGCUAAGGAGACCCACCCCGACGUCGCCGCCGCCUCCGCCGGCUCCAGCCACUUCCUUCAGAUCCUCGCUGCCUACGAGAUCCUAUCAGAUUCGCAGAGAAGGGCUCACUAUGAUAUCUACCUCCGAUCGCAGAGGCGUGUUUUGCAGAAACAUCCUAGGCCAUCUCAACACGUGUAUCCAAAUCCAAGUGGUUCAGGCAUUGUAGUAGCAAGAGAAAGUAAUGUUGUUGAAUGGCUAAAAUGGUAUAGGCUCACUAUUGAUGACAUUGUUACGAAGAAGAGGGUUGCGACAGGGUCAGGUUGCUUUGAUAGGCUUGAAAGUGAACUGUACUCAGCAAUCCAUGCUGCAUACUAUGGUCCAGAUGUUCAGUCUGUGGAUCUCCUUCCUGAUUGCUUUGAAGCUGAGGAGAGGUCUGUGUAUGAGACCCCCGAGAUAUUGCACCUUGUGUCAGGUCGUGAUCUGUUUGGUACUGUUAAUCUAGCUGAUAGUGUUCAAAAGCUGCCAGAUGCUUGUCUGGAGAAGCGGACACUAUCUGGUUUUAAAACUUAUGGGACUAGUCAGAAUGUUUCAACAAACUUGGAGAAAAGUUCGGUACAUACCAGUCCUGUAUAUGUUCACAAGAGAGAGAUGGACAAUCAUGAUAAUCCUCAAUCAGAUGCCUAUAAGGAUAUUGAAUUGUGGAUUUGUGGCAAAUUAGUAGCUACUGCAACAAGGAGGCCCCAAUGUAGUUGCAUUGACAAAUCAGAUGUGGAAGAUCACAUACAUGUAUUUCUCGUCCCAAAUGAUGUGGCUGUGUCUGAUUCGAUACAAGGGCAUCUUGUGCUGGGAACUAUUACUGGUUUGGCCACCACUGGGGAGGAAGGCUCUUGCUGUGUCUAUGAUAGCUGUGGGCUAAAGACACAUGUAAUUGUCAAGCACAGAACAUUAAUGGUCAAACACAUGCACUGGUACCAAGUUGGAGAUGAAGUUUCUCCCUGUGAGUGUCGAUGUAGUAGGGCACGCUUACCACCUAGUAGAUAUUGGCUUUUUGAGCCUCGUUGUUACAUGCAUGACACUGGUGGGUGGUACAUUGAAACAUUUGGAAGGGACAAGAAAGGAAGGAAAAUUCUAUCACCAAGACACUGGGAUGGUUCCAAUGAACACUCUGAAAGGAGGUUGCAUCCAGCAAUGUAUCUGGCGGCUCUGGCUUACAGAUCUUUGGAUAUUGAGGAUGCUCAGCGAAGGAAAUGGAGCAUUACAACCUUCCUGGAACUGCAAUCAUCUCAUAUUCGUCAAUUGUACAAAAAAAUUUUCAAUGGGGGAAAGGGAAGUUGAUAUGAGAACAUAAUGACAAAUGGGAGCAGUUUCAGGAAUUUGAUACCCUUCUUUAACAA